AUGCCACCCGCUUUAUUUCGCUCAGAAGAUAUCAGUCUUGUUCAGUUCUACGUACCCACAGAGAUUGCUCACGAUAGCGUACUUCACUUGGGAGAUCUCGGUUUAGUCCAGUUCAGAGAUCUCAAUCCAGACUUAAAUCCAUUCCAACGCAGCUUUACGAACGAAAUUAGGCGUAUUGAUCAAAUGGAGACAUCUUUACGUUUUUUUAUCUCUCAAAUCCACAAAGAUAACGUUAAAAUUCGUCAAAUUGAGAAUAUUCUCGAAUUUGACCUUGAUCAGUCGAUCGAAUUGGAUAGAUCCCACCAAGGUCCUCAAUUGCUUGAUGAGAUUCAUGUUAAACUGGGUGAUCACGAUAAUAGACUAUCACAGCUCAAUACGUCAUUUGAAUCUCUCAGCUUGGAUUGCUACAAGCUACAGGAGACUAGACAAGCAAUUAGAGAAGUUUCUACCUUCUUUAACAACGUUAAUAGCAACUAUAAAGACGAUAUUAGAUCUUCUAUCGAUGACUCCUCUCUCCACGAAGACAGCAGUCCUUUAUUAAACCACGAUAAUGAUAUUCAAUCUGAAUCCAGCCACUUUGCUAACCUUGAAUUGGAUUUCGUCGUUGGUACGAUCGAUAGAUCAAAAUUGGCUACCUUUGAACGUAUUCUUUGGAGAGUCCUUAGAGGUAACCUCUACAUGACUCACAAUGACUUGGAUCAAAUCACCCUCCCUUACGGUGCAAAUAGCGCACAAGACAAUUCAAACAAAUCUAUCUUCAUCAUUUUCGCUGAUGGUCAAGAGCUACUCAACAAAAUUCGUAAAGUUGGUGAUGGAAUGGGUGCAACUACCUUUUCCAUCUCUUCAAACUCUGAUCGUCGUUCUGAAGCUUUGUCUCUACUCAAUCAGCAAAUUGAGGAUAUGCACACUAUCCUUUACCACACUGCUCAAUCUCGUCGCACUGAAUUGUCUACUAUCGCUUCUGACAUCGCGACCUGGUCUUCAAUUGUCAGAAAGGAGAAGACUGUAUACGCGACUUUGAAUCUUUUUCACUACGAUGAAAGACACCACACUUUACUGGCAGAAGGUUGGGUCCCAUCUCAUGAAAUUACCGCUGUCCAGCAGGCUCUUAAGAGGGCUUCAUCCAACGUUAACUCCAAUGUGUCUCCCAUCGUCGACGAAAUCAAAGCAAAGCGUAUGCCACCUACUUACCACCGUACCAACAAAUUCACUCAGGGUUUCCAAAACAUUGUCGACGCAUACGGUAUCGCUACUUACCAGGAGGUAAAUCCUGGUCUGUACACUAUUAUCACUUUCCCCUUCCUAUUCGCCGUCAUGUUUGGUGAUAUCGGUCAUGGUAUACUUGUCUUUCUCACCGCGGCAAUAUUGGUUUACUUUGAGAAGAGUAUAUCCAAGAGAAAAUUGGAUGAAAUGUCAGAGACUUUCUUUGGCGGCCGCUAUAUUAUUCUCCUCAUGGGUGCAUUUUCCAUCUACACUGGACUGCUCUACAAUGACAUGUUCAGUCGCAGCCUGCACAUUUUCACGUCAGCGUUCAGCUUCCCGGAUCCAUCACCCGGUCAGAGCACAGUUGAAGCCGACCAAGUACGCGACCCGUACAUAUUCGGUCUAGACCCAGCUUGGCACGGAGCGGAGAACAGUCUAGUAUUUACCAACUCGCUCAAGAUGAAGAUGUCGAUAGUAAUGGGGGUGAUCCACAUGUCAUUCGCCAUAUGUCUCAACAUACCCAAUUACCUGCGCGAGAAGAAGCCGGAGUACAUCGUAGCUGAGUGGCUUCCGCAGAUGCUUUUCCUCAAUUCAAUUUUCGGUUAUCUGGUGGUAUGUAUAGUGGUGAAGUGGUGCACAGACUGGAGUAGCUCUGAGCACGGCCCACCGGGGCUGCUCAACAUGCUUAUUUACAUGUUCCUUAGUCCUGGCAGUCUCGAUCCUUCGCAGCAGCUGUUCCGCGGACAAGGUUUUGUGCAAGUGGUUCUGCUUCUCAUUGCGGCCGUGUGCGUACCGUGGAUGCUUCUCGCGAAGCCCUACCUUGAAUGGAAGGAGCAUGUGCGGACGACGGGUGCGGGCUAUGCGGGUGUCAGUGAGGGUGAGGAUGCAGGAGCAGACGCCGACGACCUCCGUUCCUCAGCUGCGAGUGAGCGCGGCGAUGGUGAUCACGACCAUGCGCACGAGUUUGCAAUUGGCGAUGUGGCUAUCCAUCAGAUCAUCCACACUAUCGAAUUCGUCCUGGGUUGCAUCUCCAAUACUGCAUCUUAUUUACGUUUAUGGGCAUUGUCGCUCGCGCACGCCCAGCUCAGUGAGGUCUUGUGGACUAUGAUACUCGCACCAGCUUUGGCGACCAGUGGGGUGAAGGGGGCUGUAGCUCUUGCCCUCGCUGGUACAUUCUGGUUCGUACUCACUAUCGCUAUCCUCUGUCUCAUGGAGGGCAUGUCUGCCUUUUUGCACGCUCUCCGUCUGCAUUGGGUCGAGGCUAAUGGCAAACAUUAUAAGGCUGAGGGUUAUCCAUUCGAGCCUCUCAAAUUCGAGCUGAUUGAUCUGGACAAGUUUUAG